AUGAGUGCAAUGAGCUCAGUGGCGAUGGUUCAGUCUCAGAGCCUUCACAAGGUGUUCGUGUACGGCAGCCUCAUGGCGGAGGACGUUUGCAGAGUCCUCUUAAAUCGCGUCCCUCAAUCUUCCCCUGCCAUCCUCAAGGGCUACCAUAGGUAUAGCAUCAAAGGACGAGUUUAUCCGGCGAUUCUACCGGUUGAGAAUGACAAAGUUACCGGCAAGCUCCUGUUGGGCAUCACAGAUCCUGAAUUACACAUUCUGGAUGAAUUUGAGGAUGUUGAGUAUGAGAGGAACACUGUUGAGGUCUCCUUGGUGGAUAGUUCUGACAACUUGUUAGUUCAAGCUUACGUUUGGAGCAACAAAAGUGAUCCAAAUUUGUAUGGAGAUUGGAAUUUUGAGGAAUGGAAGCAACUACACAAGAAAGAUUUUAUCAAGAUGACUACGGGUUUCAUGGAAGAGCUGGAGCUGCCUGAAGCAAAGCCGAGAGUUGCAACAUAUGAAUCAUUUUUUCGGCAGGGUCCUGAGAAUCCCGCCGCGUCGUGA